AUGAAUGUCGAAAAUGAUAUGCAAACACCAGUGUCCCCGGUGAGCCCACAACACGAGCAAAUCGUGGUGGAGCAGCAAGUCCCACGCAAACGAUCCCACUCGGUGAUGUCACAGCAGAAUGACCAGAUCAUGGCACAUGUGCAAGAAACGCGAUCAGGAUCGAUAGGUUCUGUUACGGGGUUUUCAAAUCAAGAUGGCGAAGAUCUCCUCUCUCCUCGCGACUGGCGUCAAGUCAAGCGGGGAGAACCUCCGAAGGAUGCCUCAGGAAACUACUGUUGCAUGUGGUCAGACAUGGAUCCAUGCUACAUGCAGAUAUUCAAUCGUAAAUGCGAAUGGAGCAAACAUAUGGACAAGCACGAUCGGCCAUACCGGUGCCAGCACAAACAAUGCGAGAAACUCCAGGGGUUCACUUAUUCCGGCGGCCUUCUAAGACAUCAAAGAGAGGUACACGGCCAGCAUGGCGGCCCCAAAGCAACAUUGAUGUGUCCAUUCGAAGGCUGCAGACGUCACUCAGGAAAGGGCUUCACACGAAAAGAGAAUCUCAAUGAGCAUCUUCGUCGCGUGCACCACAUCAGCGAACAGCAACCACUCACGACACAUUACCCUGCCAUCGAUGCCUCCUUGGGUGUCGACGAUAUGGAGCCACCUACCGCUCGCAUGUCAGAUGACCUGGAGCUAGGUGGCUCGGCUUUGGGUGCGGGCAAACGCAAGCGUAUCGAGGCCGGCAUGGAUGACUUCCUCACUGCCAACAACAUCGACGAGCUACAUGCCGAGAUCAAGCGACUUCGAGAGGAGAAUGAUCAGAAGGAUGAGCGGAUUCAAAGAAUGGAGGCCGAACGACUAGAGCAGGACGACAAACUUCGUCAACUGCAAGCGGCUGUUGAGCAGUCGCAACUUCAAACCUAG